AUGGCGCUGACGCUACCACCUCGAUUCUCUCAGAACAAGGUCGACGUAUCGAGUAUGAGUCCCCAAGAACAGAAAGCCUUCCAAAUGUACGGUAAAGCACCGGCCAAAAACCUCUUGACAAAGAUGCAAAAGGACCGAAAGUACUUUGACUCUGGGGACUACAUGAUGAACAAGGCCGGAGUCAACACUAAUGGACCCUUGGGCACUGCCAUUCCGACUCCAGAAGGCGUCCCCCACGCAUCUCCACCCGGACCCACUUCGCCGCCACCUAACCUAUCCUCAUCACCCACUGGCAGUGGUCCCACUCCUCAGACCAACCUUAUGUCCCAGAACGAUCGAGCCUCGAGCCCGACAGACAGAUUGAGCCCUCAAGGUUCGAACAGUCAAUACGGGAACGGAGUGGGGGUGGGCAUCAGCCCAGCAGCUACUAGUGAGGCUAUGGAAGUGCCAGUCGCACAACAUCAUAGGCGAACAAGUGACAGCAAUCACGGGACACGCAUCUCGCCUCCAAGCACAUUGAGAGAUCACCACAGCCAUUCUUCCAGUUUCCCUAUUCAACACCCUGGAGGUUUCGGAUCGUCACCUGUCAAAGCGAGUAGUCUGGCAAAGCGAUUGGAUGAGCACUUGGAGGCGUGA